CCUACACUGAAGACAGGCCAGCGGAGCGACCGGAGGUGACAUCGCGGUCCGCGAUGGAGCUGCGGAAGGCGCUGCUGCCCAUCUGGGUAUCCGCUCUUCUCAGUCUUCGUCUCUGUCUUGCUGAAGAUGUCCUGGCGGGAGACCCUCUGGGGGGUCGUUUCCAACACAAGGCCGGGAUUCAGCUCCUGAGCUCAUCCGUACUUCACACGGUAUCUGCCGGCUCCUUCCUCCAGUGUUCAAUGCACUGUCUUGGCGUGGCCCAAUGCAAGGGCGCUAACUUCCGCCCAUCAGUGGACGGCUCUCCAGGUGGUGACUGCGACCUACUAGAGACCCAGGAUGGCUCUUAUGAGAUCUCCACUACUAACUCUGUGGCCAUGCGCCUCCCGGGCAGCUGCCGGGGUUUGAGGAACGUCCAGUAUCGCUCUGACGGCGUGUACCGCCACCGCGGCCUGCCGGCGCCCCUCUACUGUGACAUGACGCUGAACACAGGUGGGUGGACGCUGCUGACCGCGGCCGUCUCUAACGAGGGAUGGACGCUGGACUAUGUUAUCGAGAGACGCCGAGACACGCCCGGCAUCGAUAUUGACUACUCCAUUCUCGGACUGGGCGAGCAGAUUCUUGGAUUCAGCUACAGGAGCACGUAUAAAUACAGGAUCGAGGUCAGCGGCCGACAGCGCUGGGGUGGGAUCUGGAAAGCCCCCCGUCGCUACACCCUCACCGGGAGCCACUCGAACCAAACUGAGGGCGUCGAACUGUUCAGAGCGUUUGACAACUGGGAGCCGCGGGUUGACUACACGCCGCUCAACAUCGUGCCCUGGGUGAACCGGGGUGGCGCGUUCGAAGGCGGUCCACUGCUCACCACCUGUACGGAGGACGGCACACAGUGGUUUGGUACCCUGGUCACCGCUGUCGUGGCGGAAUCUCACGGCGUUUCACCGUGGAUUCGUGGCAAUUCUGAGGUUAACAGCGGGGCGCGUCUCUACUGGGUGCGCGAACACAACCCCUGGUAGCGGUUUUGCAAUGUUUUUGGCGUGUUGAUUCGCGGGUCAUACGUGAAAACUUGGUUUUACGACGUCACGUCUAUGACCGGUGUUGCAUAGCGAGUUGCAAUUGAAACCAUAUGCUACUGGCGUAAUGCUAGGGCGGUGACGACUAUUAAUACCACGGAUUGUCGUAAUUAUGUGUGGUCACAACAUUGUAGGUAAGUUAUUUCUCGUUUGUCGACACAGCAGAAAUACCUAUUAUCAACAUUUAUAUAAGUACAGCAGAAAAAAGACACUGGUUAAUAUCGGUACGGCCGCGGGUCAGAAAGAUGCACUGCUCCCUUUCCGGCAUACGGUCGUGAUGAUAUGCCUAGUCGGGCUAUCAAAAGUUGAAUUGUACGUUACACGACAUCGAUGUGAAUGAUAUCGUUUGACGUUUGAACUCACUUUGCUUGAGUUCAUACGAUGACUGAAUAAAUCUAAGUUCUUGUGUGGCUCGGUUUACUUAC